UUCGUGGUUAGGUUUGUUAAGCCUUUACAAACAACACAAAUUCCUGCCCUUUUUGUUUCUUUAGAAUGUAUGGGCGAACUUGAAGAACAAUUGGUGAAAUAUGGACAAGAACUGAGUGUCUACAAGGACAACAAUGACUUGAACAAUUCCCAGCAACAUUAUCAACAGGAAAAGCAACAACAAGAUGGACAUUUAAUGGAUUUCAAGCGAAGUGGUGCUUCUACAACAAUCUAA